AUGAUGGCCAAGGUGAAAGCCCAGGGCCUGGUGUCCGACCUGAUGCCCAACAUCAGGCUGAUGCAGGCUGCCGGGCAUUUCCUCUUCAACUACCAUUCCGAUAACUCUGGCAUGACCAUGCUGCUCCGCAAGGUCUAUGCCAGCGUGCAUGCGGUGCUCAUCGUCAUCCACUUCGCAUGCAUGGGCGUCAACAUGGCGCAGUACUCCGAGGAAGUCAACGAGCUGACGGCUAACACCAUCACUGUUCUCUUCUUCGCCCAUACUAUUAUCAAGCUGGUGUUCUUUGCCUUGAAUUCCAAGAGUUUCUACAGGACCCUGGCAGUAUGGAACCAGUCGAACAGUCACCCUCUGUUCACGGAGUCCGAUGCCCGCUACCACCAGAUCGCCCUCACCAAGAUGAGGAGGUUGCUCUACUUCAUCUGCGGAAUGACUGCACUGUCUGUCGUCAGCUGGGUAACACUAACCUUCUUCGGAGAGUCAGUCCGCCUGAUCACCAGUAAGGAGACCAAUGAAACCCUGACGGAGCCAGCUCCGAGGCUGCCGCUAAAGGCCUGGUACCCGUUCAAUGCUAUGGGAGGCUCCAUGUACAUUGUGGCUUUCGUUUUUCAAGUAUAUUGGCUGAUAUUCUCGAUGGCCAUCGCGAACCUCAUGGACGUGAUGUUCUGUUCCUGGCUGAUCUUCGCUUGUGAACAGCUGCAGCAUCUGAAGGCAAUCAUGAAGCCGCUCAUGGAACUUAGUGCCUCUUUGGAUACCUACAGACCAAAUACUGCUGAACUGUUUCGUGCUUCUUCUACAGAAAAAUCCGAAAAGAUCCCAGACGCUGUAGACAUGGACAUCCGAGGUAUAUACUCUACGCAGCAGGACUUCGGAAUGACGUUACGUGGAGCUGGUGGUAGACUCCAGAACUUUGCUUCUCAAAACAACCCCAACCCCAACGGCUUGACCCCGAAGCAGGAGAUGCUGGCCAGGUCCGCCAUCAAGUACUGGGUUGAACGGCAUAAGCAUGUUGUCAGGCUCGUGGCAUCCAUCGGUGACACUUAUGGUACCGCUCUGCUGUUUCACAUGUUGGUGUCAACCAUCACACUCACACUACUGGCUUACCAAGCGACUAAGAUCAACGGUAUCAACGUUUACGCAUUCAGUACUAUUGGCUACCUCAGCUACACGCUUGGACAAGUAUUCCAUUUCUGUAUCUUUGGGAACCGGCUCAUUGAAGAGAGUUCAUCCGUAAUGGAAGCGGCUUACUCCUGCCAGUGGUAUGACGGCUCUGAGGAAGCGAAAACCUUCGUGCAGAUUGUGUGCCAGCAGUGCCAGAAGGCGAUGAGCAUCUCCGGAGCCAAGUUCUUUACCGUGUCACUUGAUUUGUUCGCUUCUGUACUGGGUGCGGUAGUUACUUACUUCAUGGUGUUGGUACAACUGAAAUAAAACCUGAAAACAAGAAAUAUCUCUUACUAUUAUCACAUGAAGGUUUUGGAGAUUUGUUACUUGAUUUAGUUUUAAAUUUACUGAACAUUUGAAACUCGUGGGUUAAAACAAAAAUCUCAUAGGCAAUAAUUUCAAUAUUUAUAUGAAUGUUACAGUCAUUUAUCAAGCCAUAUAGUCGUGAAAAGUAGAAACCUUACAGUAUUUUUGUGAUUCAUAUAAUUACGUCAUUAAUACAUUUGUUUAU